GGCCCAACCUCCGGCAAGAGAGGAGCAAAAGGAAGUAAGCCAGUUCCGCAAGAACAUAUACUGUGUAUUUCAGGAGCUAAAUGGAAAAAGGAGCACGACGGGCGAAGCUGAGCCCCUUUCCCGCGCUCGGCCAGGCGAGAGGAAGUCCCACCCCCGCUUGGCCGAAGCGCAACUGGCAAGCCCUCCUCCGAGGAUCCCUGCCUUUUGUAACGCCGAGGCUGGAGGGGGGAGAGGAGGCGGGCGGUGGCGGCGGAGGCAAAGCCCGUUCUCGAACACCAGGGACGCGCCCAGACAAGGUCAGGCUCGGGCCAGAGCCGCGCCCUCUGCCCGGGUCGGAUCGGCUUGGAGGGAGAGCGGGGGCGCGGGGGGGGCGCGCUCUUUGCUCUCUCGCUGCCGCGACGCUUUCGUUUCCAACCCGCGGCGGGCUGGAUCUCCGCGGGCAGCACGUGAUUCCCGGCCAGGAGCCAGUGGGACGCUCUUGACGGCGAUCAUCAUCAUCACCACCACCUGGAGGGGGCGGCUCCUGGACUCCUCCUUGCUCAGAUCCCCAGCCGGCGGAGGAGCAACUGGCGGGGAUCGCCAGACGACCGGAGGUUGACAUCGGAAGGGGGGGGGUUCCUUGGGCGCGCCUGGAAGCUCGGGGAGAGGAGCGAGCCAUGGCUUUCGGGAAGAGCCAGAAAGAUCCUUUCGGCACAGCCGUGGGCCACCUGAUAGAAAAAAGUACUUUUGGAGCACUGCAGACAGAAGAAUGGGGUCAGUUCAUGCACAUCUGCGACUUAAUCAACACAACAGAAGAAGGACCCAAGGAUGCUGUCAGAGCAUUAAGGAAAAGACUUUCAAAAAACUGCAAUCAUGUUGAGAUCCGUCUUACACUGUCUCUCCUCGAGAUGUGCAUGCAGAACUGUGGCCCAAGCUUCCAGUCUUUGGUUGUGAGAAGAGAUUUCUGUAAAAACAGGCUAGUGAAGUUGCUGAAUCCAAGGUUCAACCUGCCGGUGGAUCUGCAGGAAAAAAUCUUGACCUUUAUCAUGACCUGGGCCCGAGGAUUUCAGGGUGCUGUGGAUGUGAGUGAAGUCAAAGAGGUUUACUUGGAGCUUCUGAAGAAAGGAGUUGAAUUUCCAUUCUAUGAGAUCAGCAAGGGGUCAACCAAGCCCUUGUCCAACGGUACCUCCACGAAGGUAUUAUCAAGAGCACUUUCACCAACUGCAGUCAUAACGUUGAUUCCUGAACAGGUUGGAAAGCUCUACAGCGAACUGGAUAUGGUCAAGAUGAAUGUGAGGGUCAUGUCAGCAAUCUUGAAGGAAAACGUUCCUGGCUCUGAAAAUCCAGAUGAUAUGGAGCUGUUACAGAAACUAUACAAGACAUGUAGGAUAAUGCAGGAGAGAAUCAUGGAACUGUUAGCAAAUGUGCAGAAUGAAGAUGUAAUUACUGAACUGAUACAAGUGAAUGAAAAUCUGAACAAUGUAUUACUGGGACAUGAAAGGUUCGCUCGAAACAGAGUACGGUUCUUGGAGAAUCAAAGGAUUCAAAAUGAACGCACAGCGGUCAAUGGCAACCAGCCGUCUGCUCCUUCUUGUGAUUUGCUCGACCUCGAAACCAGUGUUCCUGCUGCUGUGCCAAAUCCCGGGAGAGCCAACCCAGUGACUCCUCAGUCAUCAGAGCAGAACUGCCAGACACAGAGCGUGGCUGUUCCAACCUACCAUCCAGCUCAGCCGCCACUUUAUCCUCAGCUAAGCCAACUCCUUCCUACAAAUGCUCCACAGUCCUCGUUCUCAGCUGAACCACUGAGCACGUGCCAAAGCUUCAGAGGUGGCCAAACUUAUGUCAAUGUAAACACAUACUUUAAUCCAGUACCUUUGCAUCCUGUGAGCAUUCAGAGUAAUGGUUCAAAAGAUGCCCCACCAGCAGACUUCUCAAAAAACAGCUCACAGCCUCCUAAUUAUUAUGAGCUGAUGGAAUUUGAUCCUUUGGCUCCUAGUGAUAAAUCAGAACCUAUUUAUGAAGAAAUCGAUGCACACCUCUUCAAAGCAAAUGUUCACAGCAGUUGCUAGAAGCAGAUGUCUUAAGAGGACAAUUUAUCUUUACCAGCAUUAACGACUGUCUUGACAACACCCAAUAUGUUAGUAAAAAGACAAAGAUUUUUCUGUAGCGAAAAGGAUAUCUUGCAAAAGAUAUGGAUGAAUGACAUUGUUCUGCUGAGUACAUGUUAAGUCAGUGUCUCUUGCAUAGCCUACCUUAAGUGCAUUAUAUUAGGUUUCAUUGAUCACUAAGGGUACAUGGUUCUGUGGCUGCGUACUUUGGACCAAAUGACAUGUUUUCUAAAAUAAAUAAACACCAUUUUACUUGGGAGCAUAAGAACCAGAUCACAACUACCAUAACCAAGGUGCUUUUAUUUCUUAUCCAUUUCAUCUAGUUACAAAUGUAAACUUUUUGCACAGGAAGAACAGGAUGAGCAAUUCGUUCAUAGGUAUGAAAUGCAAUUUCACUAGAAACAGUUUUUAAAAAGCAGGGACUGGGAAUCAGCAACUGGAUACUUAAGUCCAGGUCAAGUCUCUUGAGCAUCAGCUGUCGUGUAAUAACUAGGACUAUAAGAUUUACCGGUGGUCAGCUUUACAAAAGAGAUCUCUGCCUCAAGGAUGAGGGGUGGUGUUGCUCUCUGGUCUUGGCUGCAAUAUAUAGAGGGCCACGUAUUCCUGAACCCCUGCUGUGUUUCCUCCUCAAUGUACUCCCAACCUAGCUGCUGCCCAUGCAUGCAGGUAUUCAGAAGUUAGAUACCUUUCCUGGUCUGAUGGUGGCUAAUCACUAUAGCAUAUUUCCAUAAACAGAUAUCAAUAUGCUAGUUGUCUUAAGCAUGCACAAGCUAUGGAAAAAGUACACAAUGUGAAUCACUGACAAGGUUAUAAGAGGGUUUUGCCACUUCUGUCUUGCCACCAUUUGAAUCUCUUUUAUAAAUAUAUUUGUUCCCUGUGGAAGAAUACACCCAGUUGUGGCUGCAUUCUACUGGAGUAUCUCUGAUAUGGCAUUUACUAAGUGGAGAUGGGAGAUGGGGUGGAAGGCCCCACCAUUAUGGUACUUUGGAGUCACUUUGCUCUUCUGUUAUUGUUGCAUCUUUCCCCUGUCUUUGGGAACUCAGGGUGUCUUUAAGCAAUAACAUUCUUUGAAAAGAUGGGUUCAAAGACUGUAGAAAGGCAACUGGAGUAAGUGCCUUCAUUCCAAUUACAAGUAAAAUAUGCAUUUGUUAGAGAUCACACCUGAACUUUAGUAAUAAGUGUCAUUACAGUUAACCACUCAAUAAAUGCUUCAGCAUGGUAAAUGGGUACAUGUUAAAUCUCACUACUGUGUAUAUAAUAUUUAAUUAUAUUUUACAACUAUUAUGUUUUUGUACAAUCUAAUUAAACAAUCUGGGAAACUGA